CACUGCACUGCACGGCGAACCUUUUUUAUGUUUUUUGAAAAGUUGCUCGCUCCUCAGCACCACGCCACCACCAGCCAAAAAUCUCUCCAAAGAUACUUCCCUUCCUCCCUCCCUCCUCUUCCCUCUCUUGCAUGGCGAUCAACACCGCCGCCAAGCCCAAAUCCCACAAUGCCGGAUGCGGCGGCGGCGCCGUCACCGACGGAGAUACCAACUCCUCCCCAAGUCCCCCUCCCUCCCCUCCUCCUUCCCGUCACUUCGGCCGCCGCCGGAGCCGCUCCUCCAAGUUCCGGAAAGACAGCUUCCCCGCCGCCGCUCUCCGCUGCAAUUUCCGCUACUUGCUCUUCCUCCCGCUCCUCUACAUUUCAGGCCUCAUCAUGUGUGUGGGGCCCUUCUCCACCGCUAUUCUCGCUCUCGGCCGGGCUAGCGUCCCCGGCGCCGUGUACCGGAGUCAUGAGCUGUUCGAACGCCUCUGGCCGGAUAUCAUUGCCGACAAUUCAACCGCAAUUCAGUUACCUUCCGUAUGGGAGUACAAAAGGAGGUUCAAGGUGCAGAGACCUUGCCCAAAUUCAAGUAUCCAGGCGACGAAGCGUCGUUAUGCUUGGGCUGGAGAGUCAUCCGGCUCGUCCGGCUACUUGAUUGUUAAUGCUAAUGGCGGCCUUAAUCAGCAGCGCUCUGCGAUCUGCAACGCAGUUGCUGUAGCUGGACUUCUAAAUGCAGUAUUAGUCAUCCCACAAUUCGAUUUCAAUCAUGUCUGGAAGGAUCCGAGUGAGUUUGGGGACAUAUAUGAUCCGGAUCACUUCAUAUCCGUACUUGAGAAACACGUGAAAGUGGCGAAAGCAUUACCCGAUGAAGUGAUGAGGAAAUAUGACUAUAACAUGACUAGUAUCCAUACAAUUCGAGUUCCUCCUUGGGCUCCGGCUAAUUAUUACAUGGGACAAAUCUAUCCCGUCCUAAGAGAGCAUGGGGUUUUGCGUUUUGAACCAUUUGCCAAUCGAUUGGCUAUGAGUGUCCCAGCACAUAUUCAGUUGCUUAGAUGCAUAACAAAUUACAAAGCAUUGAGAUAUGCUUCGCCUGUGUCAACGCUGGCAGAGAAAUUGGUAAAUCGAAUGGUUGAGAAGAGCACAAGAAAUGGUGGAAAAUAUGUUUCUGUCCACCUCCGCUUUGAGGAGGAUAUGGUUGCAUUUUCGUGCUGCAUUUACGAUGGUGGAGCGGCUGAAAAGUACGAAUUGGCUUCAUUUCGAGAGGCAGAGUGGAAAGAGAAGUUUAAAAGAAAAGAUCGCGAGGUUAAUCCUGGCCUUAACCGCAUAGAUGGAAAAUGUCCUCUGACCCCAUUAGAGGUAGGAUUGUUGCUGCGUGGUAUGGGAUUUGAUAACUCAACCUCUAUAUACAUAGCAUCAGGCAAGAUUUACCAAGCAGAAAGACAUUUGAAACCGUUGUUGAAAAUGUUUCCCCUUCUUUAUUUCAAGGAAACUCUUGCAACAGCAGAGGAACUUGCACCGUUCAAGGGCUAUUCGUCAAGAUUGGCAGCUUUGGACUACACUGUGUGCCUGUAUAGCGAGGUUUUCGUUACAACUCAGGGUGGAAACUUCCCUCAUUUUUUGAUGGGCCAUAGAAGAUUUCUCUUUAAUGGACAUGCCAAGACUAUCAAACCGGAUAAACGCAAGCUUGUUGUUUUGCUUCAGCAGAAGACAAUCAGCUGGAAGGGGUUCAAGGAUGAGAUGCAAGUAAUGCUGGCGGAGAGUGAUCGCAAGGGAUUGAUGGUCCCUAGAGUGAAAAAGAUAAACAGAAAAACUUCCAUCUACAUGUACCCAUUGCCGGAAUGCAGCUGCCUCCAGGCCCAGAAUUCUUCUCACAGAUUAUCGAACCAUCAAGGCUCAGAUUUACUAGCUUCUCAGUACAAGUCGACAAGAUGACAGCGAGGAAAACCUUCUUCACCGGUCGACUCUCUUGCAUGUACAGUCACCUUUCUCGGUUGUGGACGGAGGAUGAAGGAAUCCAAUUUUGGUAACAUAGGAUUUCAUGGAUGGAAGUCAAUUGGACUGCUGGUUGGAAAGAGUGUUGUUUCCUAUCGAGGUCUUUUCUUUGUAUCUACAUUUGCAGUUGCCAGCAGGCUUGAGUUUGUUCAUUGUUCUGAGAGUAACACAUGGUGGAUAUUGGUUAUAGGGAGUGCGAGUGAAUAGAGAAUAUACAGAUGGUUGGCCACAGAGGCAAGGGUCUGUAAGUAGAGUUAAACCACUAAUAUGUCAUGCUAGCACAAUGUUCAUGCUACGCUAUGUAAUAUAACUCGAGUUAUUGA